GCAUUGUAGUAUAAACUACAGCGUCGACCGAGUCAUCGCUCCGACACAGUUUCCAAAUCAUAACAAGCUCACAAUCAAAACAAAACACGAACACACGGGCAGAAUAUUCAGUCGACUAACGAUUUUCAUUCAGACAACAUUACAGUACAAAUCCGACUCAUAUUUCAAUUAAAUGUCAAGUGCAAUUGAAUGUAGGAUGUGAUUUGUAAACAAAAAUGAGUCGUAGAAACUUAUUCGUUUUAUUCGCGUCGCUCGUCGUCGUUACUUUGCAGACGACAGAUUUCCAGGACAAUCUAAUAAAUGGUUACCGCGCAUUGAUUGCGGACAUCCAGGUCCGAACGCAGAAAUCACGAGAAGACAUGGACACCCUCGUGUCUCAAAUAAAACUUCUCAUGAAGAACGAAGCCGACAAGGCUAUUAACUACAUGACCGUUUAUCUGGAACAGAUAUCAUUGUAUUUUCAGGUAAUAAUCCACGAUCGUAAGCCUCGCAACGGCACCUACUGCAAGGAGAGCAUUGUGAAGCUGCUCGGCGAGAAUCUUCAACUUGCAGAUGAAAAUGUUACAUUGUGCCUAGCGCUCGGCUAUCAGAGAGUGCAGAGAUUGCCUGAAAAAUUGCAGGUGCACUUCGAAACACUGGAGAACUUGAAGAAAUAUUCAGCGUCGAAACUGUUUGAGUGUCAGAAACAGCAGCAAGUCGGUGGUAAUUGCUCCCACGAGAGCCAAGACCUUGAGCGGACUGUUUUCCUGUAUGAAACAUCACCGUUUCCAGUAGUAAUGGCAGAAAUAGCCAUUCACGGGUUCAAAGAAGUAUCAGAUCUGAGCGUCUGCCUCAAAGAUAUCAUAUCACGCAUGAUGACACAUUCUGUGAAGGUCAUUGGAGACUUUAACAGAUGUAUCCAUAAUAUAGAGAUGCCGAAACUAAAAUAUUUGUUGAAAUUCAUGAAGAAAUAUGCAUAAACGAAGACGUAAUAAUUUGUAAAUAACAAUGACUAAACAUCUGAUUUUUAAACUGUGUACUAUAUUUUUUUUAAUUGUAAUGUAAUGAAAUAAUAAGUGUAGGCUAAUUUUAUAAUAAAUACAAAUUAA